AUGCAUCACCACCCAGGAUCCCUGGAGCCGGCUCCCUCCCGCCUCCCUCAUCCACCACCACCCAGGGUGAGGAACCCUGGAGCCGGCUCCCUCCCCUCUCCCUCAUCCAUCACCACCCAUGGCGAGGAUCCCUGGAGCCGGCUCCCUCCUCCCUCCCUCAUCCAUCACCACCCAGGGCGAGGAACCCUGGAGUCAGUUCCCUCCCCCCUCCCUCAUCCAUCACCAUCCAGGGAAAGGAACCCUGGAGCCGGCUCCCUCCUCCCUCAUCCACCAUCACCCAGGGCCAGGAUCCCUGGAGCCGGCUCCCUCCCCCUCCCUCAUCCAUCACCACCAAGGGCGAGGAACCCUGGAGCCGGCUCCCUCCUCCCUCCCUCAUCCAUCACCACCCAGGGCCAGGAUCCCUGGAGCCGGCUCCCUCCCCCUCCCUCAUCCAUCACCACCCAGGGCCAGGAUCCCUGGAGCCGGCUCCCUCCCCUCUCCCUCAUCCACUGCCACCCAGGGCGAGGAACCCUGGAGCCAGCUCCCUCCCCCUCCCUCAUCCAUCACCACCCAGGGCGAGGAACCCUGGAGUCGGCUCCCUCCACCCUCCCUCAUCCAUCACCACCCAUGGCGAGGAUCCCUGGAGCCGGCUCCCUCCUCCCUCCCUCAUCCAUCACCACCCAGGGCGAGGAACCCUGGAAUCAGCUCCCUCCCCCCUCCCUCAUCCAUCACCACCCAGGAACCCUGGAGCCGGCUCCCUCCUCCCUCAUCCACCACCACCCAGGGCCAGGAUCCCUGGAGCCGGCUCCCUCCCCCUCCCUCAUCCAUCACCACCCAGGGCGAGGAACCCUGGAGCCGGCUCCCUCCUCCCUCCCUCAUCCAUCACCACCCAGGGAAAGGAUCCCUGGAGUCGGCUCCCUCCCCUCUCCCUCAUCCACUGCCACCCAGGGCGAGGAACCCUGGAACCGGCUCCCUCCCCCUCCCUCAUCCAUCACCAUCCAGGGUGAGGAACCCUGGAGCCGGCUCCCUCCCCCUCCCUCAUCCAUCACCAUCCAGGGUGAGGAACCCUGGAGCCUGCUCCCUCCUCCCUCCCUCAUCCAUCACCACCCAGGGAGAGGAACCCUGGAGUCAGCUCCCUCCCCCCUCCCUCAUCCAUCACCACCCAGGAACCCUGGAGCCGGCUCCCUCCUCCCUCAUCCACCACCACCCAGGGCGAGGAUCCCUGGAGCCGGCUCCCUCCUCCCUCCCUCAUCCAUCACCACCCAGGAACCCUGGAGCCGGCUCCCUCCUCCCUCAUCCACCACCACCCAGGGCGAGGAACCCUGGAGCCGGCUCCCUCCUCCCUCCCUCAUCCAUCACCACCCAGGGAAAGGAUCCCUGGAGUCGGCUCCCUCCCCUCUCCCUCAUCCACUGCCACCCAGGGCGAGGAACCCUGGAGCUGGCUCCCUCCUCCUCCCUCAUCCAUCACCAUCCAGAGUGAGGAACCCUGGAGCCGGCUCCCUCCUCCCUCCCUCAUCCAUCACCAUCCAGGGUGAGGAACCCUGGAGCCGGCUCCCUCCCCCUCCCUCAUCCAUCACCACCAGGGCCAGGAACCCUGGAGCCGGCUCCCUCCCCUCUCCCUCAUCCACUGCCACCCAGGAUCUCUGGAGCCGGCUCCCUCCCGCCUCCCUCAUCCACCACCACCCAGGGAAAGGAUCCCUGGAGUCGGCUCCCUCCCCUCUCCCUCAUCCAUCACCACCCAUGGCGAGGAUCCCUGGAGCCGGCUCCCUCCUCCCUCCCUCAUCCAUCACCACCCAGGGCGAGGAACCCUGGAAUACUGCUAUAGCUAUCAGCUCUAAUGUCGUGGACUGUGAAGGCAGCCGGCAAUUUCUCCACAUCUCAGAAGUACAGCAGAGAGCUUUCUUGCUCUGGGACUCCUUUGUCGCCCAGUAA